UCUCUCUCUCUCUGUGCGUGUGUGCAUUCAGGGUUGAUCGUUCUUCUUGUUUCCUCUCUCUCUCUCCGUGUACUUGUAAUUUUGGUACAUGUAAAUACAUAUAUGCAUUUAGCCCUUUGAUCGAUCUUAUAUAUAUAUAUAUGAUAAUGAUGUAUAUGUAGAUAAAUCUUGUAUACAUCCAUCUGCAUAUUGGAUCCAUUGAUAAAAAAACCAGAUCCGCCAUCUACGAUCUCUUCAGAUGGCCCCAUCAACACUAAUCUUUUUGGGGCUUUUUAUGUUUUUGAUUCCUUUCCCAUAUUCCGAUCCCGUUUCGGCUUGCCCUAGGACCAAUACCUCUCUCCUCAACUUCACCUCACACUUCACCAUGGUACAGCAUCAGCUUCGCGGCAUUCUCUCCGUCAUUGAUGAUUGUUCUUUCCGUGUUUCCCAAUUUGAUAUGCUCUCUGGCUCCGACGUCCAUUGGUGGGGCGCCGCAGGGGAUAAUGUCCUAAAUCUCACCGCCGGCUUCCUCAUUUCAGAUUCUAACCUCAAUCACACUUAUCAAAAUGACACCUUUAUUGUUCCUUUGCGGAAAAAUGUGACCUGGGAUCAAAUUAAAGUUCUUGCAGUUUGGGAUGUCCCUACAGCUUCCAAUUUCGGCCACAUUUUGUUGAGUAAUUAUUCUGUGAAUGGCGGAGCGAAUUUCUCAGACCGUGAGCAACCAACCGUGUUUGAGAAUUGUAAAGUACUCUCUGAUAAUUAUAGGAUUAGGUGGAGUCUCAACGAGGAGGAUGCUGUGAUUGAUAUUGGUUUGGAGGCUGCAAUUGGAGUUCAGAAUUAUAUGGCUUUCGGGUGGGCUAACCCCAACGUUUCCAAUUCUUUGAUGGUAGGUGGUGAUGUGGCGAUCACAGGGUUUGAGGGGGAUGGACUGCCCUUUGCGCAUGAUUAUUUUAUAACCAAGUAUAGCGAGUGUAUGAUCAAUGAGGAUGGGACUGUUCAGGGGGUUUGUCCGGAUACUAUGUAUAAAUCUACCGAUCCCAUUGGGCUGGUGAACAAUACAAUCUUGGUUUAUGGGCAUAGGAAGGAUGGAGUAUCAUUCAUUAGGUAUAAGAGACCUCUCAAGUCUAAUGAUAGCAAUUUCGAUCUAGAAGUUGAUCCCACGGCAAACAUGACUGUGAUAUGGGCAAUAGGGCUGAUUAAGCCUCCUGAUAGCUUACGUCCUUUCUAUCUUCCUCAAAAUCACGGUGGGAGUUAUGGUCACUUGAGCCUCAACAUUUCCAACCACGUAAAUGAUUGUUUAGGACCAUUGGAUGCUAAAGAUAAGGAGGAUCAAGAUCUUGUCAUUGCGGAUAAAAAGGAGCCGCUUGUUAUAUCAACUGGUCCAGCGUUACAUUAUCCAAAUCCUCCAAAUCCUUCUAAAGUUCUUUAUAUCAACAAGAAAGAAGCUCCUCUUCUGAGGGUAGAGAGGGGUGUGCAAGUGAAGUUCUCAAUACAGGCUGGACAUGAUGUGGCAUUAUAUGUUACAUCUGAUCCCAUUGGUGGGAAUGCAACUUUGAGAAACAUGACAGAGACGAUAUAUUUUGGGGGUCCAGAAGCGGAAGGUGUACAAGCCAGCCCUACAGAAUUGACCUGGGCUCCUGACAGAAAUACACCGGAUCUUGUUUACUACCAGUCUCUUUAUGUACCAAAGAUGGGCUGGAAAGUUCAAGUGGUCGAUGGAGGUUUGCCAGAUAUGUAUAACAAUAGUGUUUCUUUGGAUGAUCAGCAAGUUAUGCUAUUCUGGACACUAUCAGAUAACUCAAUAUCUAUUGCAGCUCGGGGUGAGAAGAAAAGUGGUUAUCUGGCAAUUGGAUUUGGUCGUGGGAUGAUAAACAGCUAUGCUUAUGUGGGUUGGGUUGAUGACAGCGGUAAAGGAAGGGUGAGCACCUAUUGGAUUGAUGGAAGGGAUGCUUUAAAUGUGCAUCCGACAAAGGAGAAUCUGACAUACGUGAGAUGCAAAUCUGAAAAUGGCAUCAUUACAUUGGAAUUCACCCGGCCUCUAAAACCAUCUUGUGACCUGAAUGAAAGGCCAGAAUGCAACAACAUUGUCGAUCCUUCAACUCCAUUGAAGGUUAUCUGGGCCAUGGGUGCUCAAUGGUCCGAUGACCAUUUGAGUGUGAGAAACAUGCAUUUUGCAACAAGCAAGAGACCAAUGAGUGUGCUGCUAAUGCGUGGUUCUGCAGAAGCAGAGGAGGACUUGAGACCUGUUUUAGCUGUGCAUGGGUUUAUGAUGUUUCUUGCAUGGGGUAUUCUGUUGCCUGCUGGAGUACUUGCAGCUAGAUACUUGAAGCAUGUGAAGGAUGACAGUUGGUAUAGGAUUCAUGUGUACCUGCAAUACUCGGGUUUAGCUAUUGUUUUCCUAGGGUUUUUAUUUGCUGUUGCUGAACUACGGGGCCUGACUCUGGACUCAGUGCAUGUGAAGUUUGGAAUGCUGGCAAUAUUGCUGGCAGUAGCACAACCGAUGAAUGCAUACUUAAGACCAAAGAAGGCUGCCAUUGGAGAGGAGUCUUCUCGAAAGAGAAUUGUAUGGGAAUAUACUCACAUUAUAACUGGGAGAUGUGCUCUAGUGGUUGGAUUUGCAGCUCUUAUAAGUGGGUUGAAACAUUUGGGAGAUAGGUAUGGGGAUGAAAACGUUCAUGGACUAAGCUGGGCUCUGAUAGUUUGGUUCUUGAUAGGUGCUUUGAUUGUAAUGUAUUUGGAGUAUCGUGAGACUAGUAUGAGUCGAGGCAGAGUAGCUGGAAGAAGCAAUUGGGUGUUGGGUAAUGGUGAAGAGGAGGAUAUUGACCUUUUGAGACAAAGUCGGCCAAUGACAGAUAAAGAAUCGUAUUCGUCAGAAAGAAUGGAGGUUCAGCUAGAACCCUUGAGCAGAUAGAGUUACAGCAGCAGCUAAGGUGGUUGGUCACUUAUAUAUAUUAUAUAUAUGAUAGUUAUCUGUAGUGUUUUGGUAUACAAGUUGAUGAGCAUAUAGAUACAUUCUGAGAGUUUUGAGGUUUCAUCCUCGUGUUAAGAACACUCAUUCCAUGUUUUUGGUCCUGGAGAGCACGAAUAGUCUGCGGCGCCGAUCAUGUAUACUAGGUAAAUCCAUUAACAUAUUGAAAGCACAUCAUUAUUCAUUUAUUCUU